CGCGAGAUCCACAGGUUGCUCACACUUAUAGUUUCUAGCUCACUGGACAGACAGAACAGGUCCGAUCCUUUCCAUCCAUCAUCGUAGUCGCUCCAUUCGACCGCGAAUCACCCUCAGUCACAAUGUGCCCCAUGCUGCUCAACAGUCUCUCCGAUGGCCCGGCGAUGGUCCUAUCCCCUCGCCAGGAUCACGCUUUUGUUCAAUUCCCUCGCCAGCCGAAGUUCACCCCCGACCCAGAGUCGAGGUCUUUCUUCGCCUCCAACAACAACCUCUUCCCAUCCAGACCCUCUCGCAAGAGGUCGCGAGACGAUGCCUCCUUCGAAGAAGCCAUCAACGGCAACAACACCUCAAUGUCCUUUGGAUCCGCUGCUGCUCCGUCAAUGCGAAAGCAGGUGGAAGAGCCCAUCUACGGCGAAGGCAUGGUGCUUCUGAACCCGCGCACCAAGAUGGCCAUCUCAGCCGAAAGCCAGACCGGCACGUGGUACGAAGAAAUCGUCGAGAAUGCCACCACCGCUGUGCCGGCCUCGGCCCGUCGUGACGGCAACCCAUCUUCCUCUGGCCGUAAAUCCCAGCGCCUGGAUCCCUCAGCUCCCAGUGUCGACGAUAUCACCCUCUCCUCCAUCCAGCGAAAAUUGCACUCAACCGACCAACAAGACGACAACCGCCGGAUCCUCAACGUGGGUAACCGCUCCGAAGAACCCACUGUCGACGACGCCACCCGUCUCCUUGGCAUCAGCUGGCAGCGCAUCGCGACUGAUGACUCGGAUAUGGCAGCUGCGGUGCGCGGCUGGAAGAAGUAUAUUGAUCGACAGUUCGCGGCGUAUCUGGCCGACUCACAGAUUCUCUUGAAGAAUCGGGCAUUGAAUGCCUAUCUCGUCACGGCACGGCCAACAACGCCGAUGGGAUUGGCGAAUACAUCGGCCUUCUAUCUCUUCAAUGAUGAUCUCACCCAAGCACAGCUCGUGGGUUCAACCUGGGAAGCUUGCCUCAUGAACCUCCGGUCAUCUCCCAUCGUCUUUGAGGGUACUCAGAUCCUGAAUGCCGCCGACAGACCACUUCAAAACGGCAUGACCUCGAUGGGAGCUCAGAACAUCCUGGGAGCGAACCCUGCUGACUCGGGUCUUCCGCUUCUUCAGACUCUCUGUGCCCAGCCUAUGAAUCUCGGCAACGGCAUGGGGUUGAACAACAGCGUAGGAAUGGGGACGGGGAUGGAGAUCGACGCGUAAGCCACCGGUAUCUUCAUGAACAGCAGCAGAAAAGCAUCUUCAACUAAAACCAUCGCAAAAACGAUGAACGAACUUACUCAACGACACAGCGAAAGCGACUUUCGACUCACCGGACUCGCACACGCUCACAUAUCUCGGCAGCCAAAAAUUUUUUCUUUUUCUCUUCUGAUUCCUGGUGCUGUCUCUGUCAUAUGCUACGCCAUCGUAAUUAACCGG